GACAGCCAGCAGUUCGGUAGGCAGUUUGCAGAGCGACUUCCUUCCUCCGCCGGGACACUAAUAUGGAGUUGGGGGGCUAUAAAUGUGAGCUGACGGCUUUCUCCAACAAGCACGCUGAAAGACCGCUGGAACGCACAAGAACUUGAACGGACAGCACCGAUGCUUAAACAUGAAUAACGCGACGGGUUUAUUCGUCGUGCUGUCGGCUUUCCUGGUGGGAAAAGUCGGUGGGAUGACGCCGAAUAGCGGGUACUGCAUUGGGAAUGAAUGUUUCACGGUGUUCCGGAAUUCAGAUGAUUUCCCAAGUGCAUACGCUUUAUGCAAACAAAAAGGUGGUCAUUUAAUGACAGUGCGCUCUUCUGUAUCACAUGAUACCCUCUCUAUAUUGUUGGGAAACUUUACGGGGAAGUUCUGGAUCGGUUUAAACCUACCGAACGACUGCCCAGACGCCUCAGCGGGUCUGAAAGGCUACGAAUGGGUAACUAAAGACAGAAGGAGUGAUUUCACCAACUGGCUGCCAGGCUUUGACAGCAGCUGCUCUGCUCACCGCUGCGUCUCAGUUUCCAAAGAGAACGACUUUAAAUGGACCCAAACGUCAUGCCAGGAACAUGCUGCGGGAUUUCUCUGUGAAAACAACUUCACCGAACCGUGUAAAGGUUUAACAGCUGCAACGGAUGAGUCUGUGUCCUACAUCACUCCGUAUGGGUUUGGAGGAGAUGAUGUGCUAUCUUUGCCCCCUGGAAGCAUUGCCACUCGGAAGCCAUCUGAGAAUAAAUAUUUGUGCUUCGCCAAGAAGUGGCUCCAGGCGCCCUGGAGCUGCGAGAUCCUUAAAGGUGGAUGUGAACACAAAUGCACCGUGGACCCCAAAAAAGACCCGUCCUGCUACUGCCCGCCAGGGCAAACUGUCAAUCCUGUAAAUAAAGUCACAUGUGAAGCAAAAAUUACCAAUGACCCGUGCGCGCCCCUAGGCUGCCAGGACACCUGCUAUAAGAAAGGGGACUCCUACGCGUGCACGUGCCCCCAGGGCUUCCAGCUGGACGCUGACGGCAGGUCGUGCGCGGAUUUUAAUGAAUGUGAAGAUGAGCGCCAGUGUCCCGAGAAGAACUUCAUGUGCGUCAACACUGUCGGCAGCUUUAAGUGCGUCUGCAAGGCGGGAUUCAAGAUGACGGGCGGCCAGUGCGUCGACAUGGACGAGUGCACGUUAGGUCUGUGCGAGCACGAGUGCAUCAAUACUCCUGGCAGCUACACGUGCACGUGUUAUGAAGGAUAUAUAGUGGACCGGCAGUCGCCAGAUAAAUGUGAACUUCACUGCGGGAUGGAGGAAUGCCCAGCGGUGUGCGACCCCAACAUCAAGUACCAGUGUGUCUGUCCGAGAGGUUAUGUGGCAGAAGAGAGGGAAAGUGAGACAGUUUGCAUAGACAUCGACGAAUGCGAGUCUUCCUUUUGCGACCACUAUUGUAAGAAUUUCUUUGGCAGUUAUUUGUGCUCGUGCCGUCGGGGAUAUAAAUUAGUUGAUGAGGUCAAGUGCGUAAAAAGCGAGAACGAAGACGACUCCGGGAUGACUGUUACUCCAAACAUCCCCACCUUAUCGUUUGUCCCAUAUCCUGGUCCGACCCGGCGGCCCUCGGCGGUGACAGCGGGGGGGCUCGUGGGAAUAAUAGUGUGCACAGUUUUCUUUAUUGUGCUGUUGGUUUUUGGGGUUCAUCUCUUGCUGAGUCGCAGAGGGAAGAUGGAGAGCGCUAGUGCGCUCAAAGCCGCGGAGGGCGAGGCCCACGGCUUACAGCAGGUGACAGAUGACUGCUGAAGAGACGGGGCAGAGACACACGAAAGAAGACACGUGAAUGUAUAAGUCAAGCUUAAAACAUAAACCGGUUUGAAAGGAGGUAGAUUACACAGUAAAACACAAGAAAGGGGAUGGAUGUGGCGAAGAUGAGGAGAACACAAAAUCAUAAUUACUGCAACAGACUGUUUAUUCACCAUCUCUUAUAGGACAUGUUAUAACAAGAACGACUAAGGACAUUUUCCCUUUUACAGUUUGUAUGCAAUAUUAAAAAGUGUAAAUGAUUAAAUGACUGUUGUCUGCUCCUUUAGCCUCCUGCUCUUCAGAUACAGGAGGAUGAGUGCGACACCUUGUGGAGAAAAGAUAGAACUGCAAGGACAUCAGUCAGAUCUUUUCAUUCGCCUCUUGUCCUCCACUUGUCCAGUUUCCUUUUUGUCUACAAACUGUGCCAAGUUUUCAGCUACUAGAAACCCCCUUCAUACGGCAGUGUCAGUUUAAUUACAAAAACAAUUAUUGUGAAAAUAAUAAUAAUAAUAGUGAUCAUAGUAGUAAUAAUAAUAAUAAUAAUAAUAAUAAUAAUAAUAAUAACUAAUAUUAAAUAAAAUAACCAGCAUUCAAAUAACACAAGUGGGAAGAAAACUUUCCAGGAACUACAAAGCAUCACAGUUUUGUUUGGUUGGACCACAUUUCAGUUAUUCUACAUAACUAAUCAUGUUUUUUCUUAUAAAUGUGAAGGUGAGCUCUGUGUGUGUCAGAUAUUUAGCUACUCCUCUGCUUAAAGUGAUCAUUGGAGAAUGUGACUUGUAGUUUCAGUUUCAAACUUAAUGCUUUCAUUGAAUGUUUUAAUCAAAGACAAGAUUCUGUUGGUUUUCUUCGCUUGACAACCACUUUUAACAAAUUGUCCUGAACACAGUUAUUAUAAAUGUGGAUCAUGUCACAAAUUUAUUUUAACUGGAUUUCAUUUGGACUAAAAAGAGUUGGACUGAAAUGAAGUGAGAUAGAAAAUGUCGCAGCUACACUAAAGCUGAGAAAAGAAAAAACAAAUAUUUUGUUUCAGCUCAUUGAGGUUUGGGGCAUUCAUUUAUUCCUGCACAGUUCUCUGAAGGUCCUAACAUUUCAUUCAAGAUGAGGUCUGGACUGGAUCAUGUCAACACAUUGAGUCUUUUAUCUUGCAGUUAAUGUGUUUCUAGCUGUGUUUAGGAUCCAUUUCAUGUUGGUUUUGAUAAAACUUUGGACAGAGGGCUUCACUGGACUCCAGAAGACUUUGGUAUCCAGACAUAUGACAUCGAGAUGAUGGGCCCCAGGAUGUCUGAGGAUGUUAAAAAUUUCCUCUGCCAAAUCUGUUCAGUUUCUACCUGACCAUUUCCUGCCAUGGCAUGAAAGGAAGAAACAUUUUUUUCUUCAGUAAAGACAACACUGCUGCAGAAGAUACUAUAGAAUCUUCGGCUGCCAUGGAUAUGAAAGGAGAAAAACUCGUGGUGUGGCCACCAUCCUCCCCUGAACUCAACUCUACUGAGAACUUGUGGAGCAUCCUUAAAAAGAAGAUGUAUGAGGGCAUUAGACCUCCAAACAGCAACUUGUGGAGGCAGUUCUGGUCUCCUCACUGAGAUCCAGACAGAAACUAUUGUAAGAUGAGAUUCAUUUUUGUUAUAGGUGAACACACGUUCAGACUAUUUUGCAUUACUGCUCUAGUGGAGAGGAGACAGAGUAAUAUGGUUGGACUGGAAAAUACCCACUCACUGUUUGAGUAGAAGAAGAGUUGCUGCGUUCUGUUGUGACCAGGUGCAAAAUGAAGCAUCCCAUUCUCACAAGAAAACUCGACCCCAAAUAAUUUCUCUGCCAUGACCUGAAUUCAGUUAAUAGUUAAUUCUGAAUACACAUAUUACACACACAGACUUCCAGGUUCAACGGAUGAGAAAGUUUUUAUGUUAUGUUAUGUUAUGUUAUGUUAUGUUAUGUUAUGUUAUCAUAGAGCUGGACUAAAUGUUUUAUUCAUUUCUCAGUCACCUACAGUCUAAUGAAAAAAUCUGACAGGUGAACAUUUUCAGUCCUUUUAACCUAUUUAAUGUUUGAAAGCGCAGUGUAGAAUAGUUUAGAACACUGUGUACACACACGCACGCAAAACACUUAAUACAGAGUUUUUUUUUUGCAGGGAAAGACAAUAAUAAAGAUAAUUUUAAAAAAUAGCCAGAGGUUAAUCCAAUAUUUUUAAUCAAAAAGAAAAUUCAAUUCAGUUUGAUGGGUAGCCAGCUUUUUUAUUUAUUUAUUUGUUUUUUUUAAUGAAUUGUCCUUUAUGAUCACAGUGAAUAUAAAUUGGACUAAUGUGGAUCUAGCUUGUGCUGGUAUGGCAGGUUUGUGUGUUUUGUUUUUUGUUUUUGUUUUUUUUGUUUGUUUGUUUGUUUUUUUUAACUAAAUGUGCUGGUCAUAUUGAUCGUGAUGAAUAUAUUAUUGUACAUAAUGAAAAAAAAAAACACCACCAUGUCUAGGUUUGUUCAAAUAAGCUUUUGCAAACCUAACCUUUGUUACUAUAUUUUCUAGAGAACAAACUUUCUCCUGAAACAUUUGGGCCACAAAAUCACUGCUGAUGUCCUUCCUCUUUGCAGUGUGUUAACACAGAACUGAAUCCUCGAAACCAGCAAACUGCAGAUACUUGUGCUUCAACCCAGAUUGUCAGAUGAAGUACCUUAUUCUCAGCAUUUCAUAAACUAAAUUAAAUGACAUAGAUUAGGAUAAUUCAGGGAUACAGUUUAAGCAGACUGCAACUUGCUAAGAGUAGUGAAUUUUAGACUCCAUGUAUAGACAGGCUGAUGUAAAGCACACAGAGGUUUUACCAUUGAAGGUAAUUAGGGUCUUAGGUGCCCUGAAGACUGGACUUAGCACAACACCAUGUGUAUAAACACAUGUGUGUGUUUUCACAGGAUUGGUCACUUCAGGACUUCAGGAAUGUCUUUGUCUGAAACGUAUAUAAGGAUGCUUUACACAUGUUUUCAGGGGAUUCUCAAAAUUGGCCAGAGACCUCACAGAGAUGCAUAUCUGUUUAAGAUGUCACUUUUUGUAAUAAACCAUCAUUUUCUUAUACAUCAA